UAGAUCAUACUAAGCAGCGGUAUUUCGGUCCGCAACGGGCUCUCAGGUGAUGAUGCCGCGUCUCUCAAGGGCCUAUAAGGAGGAGGCUCAGCCCUGGAUACACAAGCGUCGGGGUUUGUCACAAUAGGACCAGUCACCUACAAUCUCACCAUGUCUAUUACAUUCGACCCUUCCGUCGACAUUCCUGCCCUCAAUGGCAACGUCAUUCUCAUCACAGGCGCCAACGCUGGCCUCGGCAAGCAGGCUGCAAUGGACCUAGCGAAGCACAGCCCAGCUCUCAUCAUCAUGACCUCGCGCGACGAGUCCCGUGGACAGGAUGCUCUAGAGCAAGUGAAAGCUGCUGCGAAAGAGGGUACGAAAGUAUCCUUGGUGCUCCUCGAUCUGGCAAGCUUCGCAUCCAUCAAGCAAGCUGCCCAAACUGUCAUGUCACAGACAGACAGGCUGGAUGUUCUGAACCUGAAUGCCGGCAUUCUAGGGGCGCCUGCUGGCCUAACAGAAGAAGGCUAUGAAAUUACCAUGGGCGUGAACCACAUCGGCCAUGCCCUUUUCCUCAAGCUUCUUGCACCCUUGCUUGAAGCGACCAGCAAGUCCACCGGGACACCCUCUCGAGUCCUGAGCAUCAGCUCCGUCGGGUGGAAAUAUCUCGAGCAGCCGACCAUCAAUUUCGACGCGCUCAAUACGCCCGACGCCGGCCUCGCAAGUAUGCAGCGCUACAUGCAGAGCAAACUGGCCAACGUCUUGUACGCCCGCGAAUUCGCCAAGCGCCAUCCCUCCGUCAAGACUGUGUCCCUGCACCCUGGAGAGGUGGACACCGAACUGUACUCGCGCGAGCCUGGCGACGACUUUGUCGUGUACCUGCAGAAAGAAGUGGCGCCGAAGCGCGUGGUACCAGUGAACGAGGGAGUCAAGCACGAGCUGUGGGCCAUGACUGUGGCGGACGAGGAGCUUGACAAUGGGGCUUACUACGAACCUAUUGGCAUAAAGGGACGCCUGGAGAAGGGGGCGGCGGACAAUGAGCUCGCUUCCAAGCUCUGGGACUGGACGGACAAGGAGCUCGAGGGGCAUGGUGUAUAAUCAUCGUCAGCUUUGCGGGGAUUUGUCACAGAUUCAUGCUAUUCUGCGAGGCUUGACGGCAGGCCAGUGACGCUGAACUUUGCCAUAUAAGUAGCUUGUUUGUUCAGACAAUUGAUUCCUAUUCUUAAACUGCACUUGGGCUUUGACGUGUUCUUUGUCACUUUGUCCUCAUCAUAGCAGAAUG